AUGUGUGGCAUCUUCUUUGCCAUAAGUUGCAAUGGCUACGCCACUCCAAAUCCUGGAACGCGACAGUUUUUGAACAAGCGCGGACCUGAUCGUGCGCAAGAGCACCAAGUGAUUGUUCAAAAGUCGCCUAGCUCGCCCAAGAUAUACCUCAGCUUCUUUUCUACUGUGCUUUCUCUCCGAGGAGUAGACGUGGUGGCACAGCCCCUCGUUCACGACAAGUCUCAAUCUGUUUUAUGCUGGAACGGAGAAGCCUGGAAGAUUGGAUCGGAACAUGUCCAAGGGAAUGAUUCCCAGAAGGUUUUAGAGCUUCUCGUAGAAGUCUCCUCAGGUGAAACGUCCGAAAGGAGUGCUUCCGGGGACCGCAACAUUCUGGCCGCCAUCUCGUCAAUAUCGGGACCUUUUGCGCUAGUAUUCUACGAUGCUCCGCGUGGCCGUGUUUACUAUGGCAGAGACUGCCUUGGAAGACGCUCACUGCUGAAGAGGACUAAUACUGAAGAAGGACUAACCCUUUCUAGCAUCUGCAGCACCGAUAUCGCGGAUCACUGGACUGAGGUCGAAGCAGAUGGUAUCUAUGCUGUCGACAUUCUCAAUACCGAGGAUGCCGACUCCGCUAUCCUCAAUGAAGCCGGGGCAAGACCUUUACAUAUCAACCAUUUUCCACUGCUUCAAAAGGAUGCUACCAGGGAUAUCGCUAACGGUCUUAUCUUACCUUUCCCAGCCUUGAACAAGACAAUUCCUACCAAUGCCUCGACCCUGUGUCUAGAAUCUCCGUCCGUGGAACGCCUCCAUAGCUUUCUUUCUCAGUCCGUUGAUUUGCGGGUCCGAAACAUUUGCCAAGCAUGCGACGUCCGACAGAAUUCAGAUGCAGACGCGAAGGUCGCAAUCCUAUUCUCGGGGGGGCUAGAUUGCACAGUUCUUGCUCGAUUAGCCCACGAUAGUCUUCCAAUGAGCGAGAGCGUCGACUUAUUAAACGUAGCAUUUCAGAACCCGCGAAUUCACAGGACUCAGGAAUCUGGUGCUUGGGAGUCUUCCCCAUAUGAGCUGUGCCCAGACAGAAUCACCGGGAGGAGAUCCCUUGCCGAACUCCAAAGAGUAUGCCCGGGCCGUUAUUGGAGAUUCGUCGAAAUCAACGUUCCGUACACAGAGACAACAGCGCACCGUGAAGCGGUGAUUGAGCUGAUGCAUCCUCACAACACGGAGAUGGAUCUCUCCAUCUCAUACGCUCUUUAUUUUGCUUCCAGAGGCGCGGGAGCCCUGCGUGGAUCAGAUGAUUCCGAGAUGAUUGAGUACACGACACCGGCACACGUCGUUCUAUCAGGCCUCGGAGCCGACGAGCUCUUUGCAGGCUAUCAACGGCAUGCGACUGCUUUCUCUCGCCAUGGAUUCCCUGGCCUGGUCGACGAGCUGGAAUUAGACAUCAAUCGUCUUGGCAAACGUAAUCUCGGGCGCGAUGAUCGAGUGAUCUCCAACUGGGGUAGGGAAGCAAGGUUUCCUUACCUUGACGAAACUCUCCUCGCUUGGGCCUUGGCCUGUCCGUUAUGGGAGAAGUGUGGGUUCGGUCAACAUGCCUCAGAGCAGUCAUCGAACCCCGUAAGCGGGAUAGAACCCGGAAAGAAAGUUCUAAGAGUACUUGCCUGGAAAUUAGGCAUGAAAGAAGUUGCUGUCGAGAAGAAGCGCGCAAUCCAAUUCGGCGCGCGCACAGCCAAGAUGGAGACCGGAAAAUCGAAAGGUACCCAUCUUCUGUCAUGA